AUGGGACUAGCACGUCGCAUCGCAAUGGGAAUUGGAUUGCAUAAAGAAUUCCCGACUUGGGAGACCAAUCAUCCGACGAUUGAAAUGAGGCGACGGGUAUGGUAUUGUCUCUAUAUAUUUGACGUUGGUGCUAUCAUCACCUUCUCGCGUCCUCUUGAUUUCCCCGACGAUGGGAUCGAUGUUGAACUUCCCUUGAACAUACAUGACAGUGUGAGCUCACCCUCUGGAUACUUUGAGGCAAACGUAUCUGACACUUGUAUCCAGGACAUCACUUCUGGAACAAAAAAGUCACCACAAUCCGCUAACGAGACCACCGUUUACACGCACCUACGGGCACAAGCAACCUUUCAUAUGGCCUCGAGUCAGAUCUACUCUAGGAUCAUAUCAUCACCAUUCCCGUCAGCAACUGAACUCAUCGAGUUGGAUGAUCGACUGAUUGGACACUGGCUUGCAAGGACUCCGAAAUUCUUUCAAGAAAACGUCAUCCAAUCACCGAAGUCUCGACUGUGUCAUUCUAUUGUAAGUUGGCGAUAUCGGAACUUCCGCAUCCUAAUGUACCGCCCUUUCCUAGUAGGGCGCCUGAGGGCCCGCUCAGAACGAGGAGCAUCCACUGCUCAAGAGAACGAGAUUGAUUUUGCAAUCCAGCGCUGUUUAGAUGCAGCGCGAGAGUCAGUACAGCUUAUAUCCUCUUUCUGGACACAUGAACAGAGAAGCAUGAUGGCCUGCUGGUAUGGACUGUAUUUCUUGUUCCAGGCAGUUCUCAUCCCAGUCAUAUGUCUUCGCAACGACCCACAAUGCGCGCUUGCAACAAGCUGGCGCGACCAGAUAUCCCAUGCGAUACAUGUGCUUGAAUCAAUGACGCAGCUAAACACGACGGCCUCUCGUUGCCCGGGUGUUAUUCCCUCUCUGUGUGGAUCAUACUUUGAUCCUUCUGUUGAUAGAUGGGGUCCAACAGAAGUCACCGCAAACGCAACUGGCGAAUCUAUACCCAUUGAUGUGGCCAACAUUGGAAAUGGCUCAUUCAGACGGUAUGGAUUCGGUAAUGAGUCUACCAUUUUGGACUUGAUGAACCAACUGCCGGGCUUUGAGUAG